AUCAAGAGGACAGGCUCCUGUCACGUAUUCAGUGCUCAUUUGCAUUAUUGGGCUGGGCUUUAGAAUUACUUCACUGAUCAAAAUAAUUCUAGCUUGGGCGUCGAAGGUACUGUAUUUCAAAAUAAGUUCCUGCUACGACGUUGCAUCAAGCGUAAUCAAAGUGACGAAGAUAUAUAUUACUGUGAACAGAGGGUAAACAUAUCCUCAGCGAUGAGGCUUUAUUUCACUACUUGCGUGCUGAUCUUCUUAGUAAAUUGCACAGUGCUGAAUAAUGCACAGGAUACCGGUACGAUUAAUUCUACUGGAAUCAUGGGGACUGAAGCUGUAAGUUUAAGCGUAUCUACUACUGAAACAUCUACUAUACAGCAAACGGAAACGCCAGAAACAGUGUUCACAUCCAAGGGCAAGAGUACCACACAAACUACAACGGUUAAAGUGUUGACAUCCGAGGGAAACCGUACCAGACAAACUAUUCCUACAAGGGCUAUGCCUACAAGGGUUAUGCCUACAAGGGUUAGGCCUACUAAAGGUGCUGAAUAUAAUCAUUCAGAAGAGUAUCUAGCGGAACCUGAAGGCUAUGAUGGUUGGUACAAUAACUUAGCACAUCCAGAUUGGGGUGGUGCAGAAAUGGCUUUGACUAGAAGAAUACCCCCUGCUUAUGUUGAUGGUGUCUACUAUCCUUCAGGAGAAGAUCGACCAAAUCCAUUUACCAUUAGCGACAAUACUAUGUUUGGUGUAACUGGCAGUGGCUCUGUUUUAAAUAGAACAGCCUUUAUGACAUUUUUUGGUCAGCAAGUUGUUGAGGAGAUUCUUGAUGCCCAACGUCCUGGUUGUCCUCCAGAAUAUUUCAAUAUUCCAAUUCCAGAGGGCCAUCGUUACACAAAGUACAUACCUUUGAAGGAAAUGCCAUUUUUGAGAUCAAGAGUUGAUCAAAAUACAGGUUACAAUCCCAAUGUGCCAAGAGAACAGUUGAAUGAAAUCACACCAUGGAUGGACGGGGGACUAGUUUACGGAACAACAAAAGCAUGGGCUGAUGCGCUACGCUCAUUUAAAGAUGGAAAACUUGCUGGAGGAGAAUUUCCAGAGAAAAAUACAAUUGGUCUUCCAAUGGCAAACCCACCUCCUCCUGCCGAGUCUGCCGACCAUAAAUUACGUGAUGUUACACGAUUUUUCAAACUUGGAAAUCCAAGAGGUGAUGAAAAUCCAUACCUCCUUACUUUUGGGAUAUUGUGGUAUCGCUGGCACAAUUAUUGGGCCGAUGUCAUUAAAUCAAGAAACCCUGACUGGAAUGAUGAACAGAUUUUUAAUGAAGCGAGGAAAUGGGUGAUUGGAACAUAUCAGAAAAUCGUUUGGUAUGAAUGGCUGCCUGCAUUCCUUAACAUGGAUGAAGAAGAAAUGAACGAAAAUGCGUAUGACGGGUACAAACCGUAUAUUCACCCCCAAAUUAGCCACAUUUUUCAGUCAGCUGCGAUGAGAUUUGGCCAUACUCUUGUAGUACCCGGAGUAGCAAGGAGAAACGCAAGUUGCCAUUUUUAUACUACAACGACACACUCUAGCAACACACCAGAAGAUUAUGACCCAACUGGCAGGUACGGUGUGAGAACGUGCAAUUCUUUCUGGAACCCACAGCUUCCCAUUGAAGAAACUGGUUUUGAAAGUUUUCUUAUGGGUAUGGCAUCACAACUUUGUGAGCGAGAAGAUAAUAUCAUUACAGAGGAUUUGAGAGGUAAUGUAUUUGGUAGAUUGGACUUUUCUCGUCGUGAUCUCAUGGCUAUUAAUAUACAACGUGCUCGUGAUCAUGGCUUGCCAGAUUACAAUACUGCAAGAAGAGCUUACGGGUUGAAAGUCAGAGAAAACUUUAGAGAUAUCAACCCUCACUGUGAUAGUGACAAAGCAGCAAUUAAAUGUGAAGUGCUCGACAGGUUGAAUGAAACAUAUGGCGGUGAUAUUAGUAAAGUUGAUAUUUGGCCAGGUGGUCUACUUGAAACUACAAAUAAUGGACCUGGAGAACUCUUUCGUACUGUCAUCCUUGAUCAGUUUCGUCGAAUUCGUGAUGGUGACCGAUUUUGGUUUGAAAAUGAAAUCGGGGGCCCAUUCACUGAAGAGGAACGUCAAGAGAUUUGGAAUAUUACAAUAUUUGAUGUGUUAAUCAAUGCUACAAAUAUCAAUGAAGGUGAUAUUCAGCGGGAUCCUUUUCAUUUUUAUGAAGAUGAUGUAUGUUAUGAAGAAGCUUUGGAGGCGUUUGAUUUGACUUUAUCUGAGACUGAAUUGGACAACUGUACAGAUCCCUAUACCUUUGACUAUUUCAGAGGAAGUCAAGCGUCGUUUGUGUUAACAUUCUUAGCAGCGGGCGUGUGGGCAUGUGGAUGUGUUGCGCUUUUGUAUAUACUUUCUCGAAUCCGAAGGAAGGAAAUAAAUGAAUCAAGAAAGGCACAACGCAGAAAGAGUCGGAAGUCUGCUAAGGAAACAACCAAACUUUACGCGACAAGGGAAUGGUGUGGACAUGGUCAAGCUGAACGUCCAGUUGCUGUGCGUCUUGGACCAGGAAAGACUUUUGUUGUGCUAAAUGAUCGUGGAAAUAAAGUGUACCGUACAAUUGAUCUAACCAUUCAUCAAAAACUGACCUUCUUAGUCUGUCCGGAUCAACGACGAAAAAUGAUGGCUGUUGUUAUUGACAAAGAAUAUGAUCUUGUUUUAAAAUUUGAUACCGAGGAAGAAAGGAAUGCAUUUAUAAGUGAUAUUGAAUCCUUCUUGACUGAUCCUGCAGUAGGUGUUGGACGUGAGCGUCGUGAAGUUCGACAAAGUGAAAUGUUGCGAAUGGCCAACACUAAGGUCGAACGCCAGAGGACACUCGAACGUUUCUUUCGAGUUGCUUUUGCCCAAGCUUUUAAGCUUGACAUUGACCCACAAGACAUUACUGAACUGAGGUCAGACAUUGCUAAGGAUGUCUUGACAUGCGAAUUGACUAAACAAGAAUUUGCUGAAGCACUCUCUAUGAAACCGGAUUCUGUAUUUGUUGACCAAAUGUUUGAUUUGGUUGACAAGGACGACAGUGGCACAGUAUCUUUCCGAGAGUUUCUUGAUAUUAUUGUAAUCUUUGCACAAGGAAACCCAGACGACAAAUUAGAGUUGAUGUUCAAUAUGUACGAUGUCGACCACUCUGGUCUGCUGACACGUGAGGAAUUUAAAAAGAUGUUGAAAUCUAUGAUGGAAGUAGUAAGUGCUGAUUUGGAACCAACUCAAUUGGAAGAGGUUGUGCAAACAAUGUUCAAAUCUGCAGGAUUUGAAAGUAAAAAUGAACUUAGCCUUCAGGAUUUCAAUAUUUUGAUGGGUGAACAUAAAGAAGAACUCAGCAAUGCUGCUUUACAGAUUCAAGGUCAAGAUAUUAAGAAUGUUCAACCAGAUGUAAAGUCUGCUCCGCGUGGAACAGUUAUUCGUCGGGAGAACGCUCCACAACGAGCUCGUAAGACCAUUAUUAAAGCAUAUGCAAAGGGAAAUGCAGAUAGCAGCACUGCUUCCCAUGCCACCAGUGGUGGUGUUAAAGGAGGAAUCAAACGUCGCCAGACAAGAACGGUAGAGAUUGACACGGUAAAACAAAAUUAUCCCAACACCCAAUCUGAGAAGUUAUUCGGACGUAUUAAGCGCUUCAUUGAAAAUGAGAGACUGAAAAUAUUUUGGUUUGUUCUAUACACGUUGGUUUUGGGUGGAAUAUUUGCAGAACGUGCUUACUAUUAUUCGAUUGAACGUGAAUUUGCUGGUUUGCGUCGUAUUGCUGGUUAUGGUGUCACAGUCACUCGUGGAGCUGCAAGUGCCAUGAUGUUUACAUUUUCUUCUCUACUUGUCACUAUGUGUCGUAACUUAAUAACCAAGCUUAGGGAGACGUUUCUGCAUCGUUUCAUUCCAUUUGAUUCCGCUUUGGCAAUGCAUAAAAUCAUAGCAUUGUAUGCAUUAUUUUUUUCAGUGAUGCACACUAUUGGACAUGGCAUCAAUUUUUACCACAUCUCUAGUCAACCUCCAAAUGAUCUCACUUGCCUCUUUAGAGAUUUCUUCCAUAGAUCACAUGUCCUCCCCAAGUUUCAUUACUGGUGUUGGCAAACCAUUACAGGUUUUACUGGUGUUCUGCUGGUACUUCUGGCCUGUGUGAUUUAUGUAUUUGCAACUCAGUAUGCUCGCCGAAAUGUCUUCAAUUUGUUCUGGCUGACGCACAACACGUAUAUCAUAUUCUACAUAUUAAUGGUGCUCCAUGGAAGUGGACGAUUGGUGCAGCCUCCUUUCUUUUGGUUCUUCUUUCUUGGCCCUGCUAUCCUGUUUACUCUUGACAAACUGGUUAGCAUCAGUCGCAAGAAAGCGGAGAUCUCUGUUUUUAAAGCCGAAUUACUACCUUCUGAUGUUACAGGGUUGGUGUUUAAACGACCAACUAAUUUUGAGUACAAAUCUGGUCAAUGGGUGCGCAUUGCCUGCAAAACACUUGGAAGCGGCGAAUACCAUCCGUUUACCUUAACAUCUGCUCCACACGAAGAUCAUCUGUCUCUUCACAUUCGAGCUGUUGGACCAUGGACAACCAAUAUUCGUCAUACGUAUGAUCCAAAUACAGUUCGAGAGCAUCCUUAUCCAAAGUUGUACCUGGAUGGACCCUAUGGUGAAGGCCAUCAAGACUGGUACCAGUUUGAAGUAUCGGUACUUGUUGGUGGUGGAAUUGGCGUGACACCGUUUGCAUCAAUCUUGAAAGAUAUUGUGAAUAGAGCCAACACUAAUGCCAGGUUCCCUUGCAAAAAGGUAUAUUUCAUCUGGAUUACACGGACUCAGAAACAUUAUGAAUGGCUAUGUGACAUCAUUCGAGAAGUGGAAGAAAAGGAUACUACAGAUCUUGUCAGCACUCAUAUAUUUAUCACACAGUUCUACCAGAAAUUUGAUCUACGAACCACAAUGCUGUACAUCUGCGAAAGACACUUCCAGAAGAUAGCAAAUCGAUCACUUUUCACUGGUUUGCAAUCAACUACUCAUUUUGGUCGUCCAGACCUGCCAUCAUUCUUCAAUGCACUACAGGAUGAACACCCUGAGGUGUCAAAAGUCGGUGUGUUUAGUUGUGGGCCACCCGGAAUGACCAAUGGAGUGGACAGCGCUUGUUCGGAAAUGAAUAAGUUUGAUGGUGCUGCAUUUAUCCAUCAUUUUGAAAACUUCUAAUUUCAGCAAAUUGAUAAAUAUAUAUCAAUAGGAUUAUUGGUUGUGAUAGCAACUUACUGUUUUAAUAGUAUUUGGAUUAGUAGAUAGCAUCUGGAAUAACACUGGCCGAAGACGACAGCAAUAUCAAUAGGUGUGUCGUAAUGCUAAGGUUUGGCUCUUGUCAAAUCUUAAAAUUAUUUGAAUAUUUCAUAUCAUUCCGUUUAUUAGUUUAUAGUGUAUAGUAGUGUGUGGUUUAUGAGCAGUAGACAUGGACAUAAAAUAAAUGGAAAGCUGUUUAUAUUUACAACAUUUUUGUUGACUAUUAAAUGCAGACCAGUACCACGGAUAAUAAAAUGCAUUAGGCGAAAAAAAUAAUUAAGGAAUUAAAAUGAUUUUAUAUUCCAUAACUUAUCAUAUGACACUUGAAUUUAUAUUUUAUAUGUAGGCCUAUAUAUUUGUAGUUUUCUAUCUUGUUUAUAUUAUACAUCUACAGUAAUAAAAUCGUUUUAAAACGUUAAAAACUUUUAAAUUACAACUAUUAAUUGUUAAACAUAAAUAAACUCAAAGCGAAAUAAAAUGGCUAGUGUACACAAUAAAGUAAGAUAAAAUUAUAAAAUAUAUUUUUGUUUAUUAAGUAGGACUGUGUAUAAUUAUUAAUUUCCAAUAGUAGAAUUGUAUGACAAAUAAAGAAUUUCUAUCUACCUACAUGAUAAA